CAAAAGUUUCGAAUAAAAAAACGAUUCGAAAAUAGUUCAUCAAGUGUGGAGGUGGGAAAUCAACAAUCGAUCAAUGGCGGUCGAUAUUUUAGAUGAAGACCACUUCGCGGUGAGUGCAAUCGUCACCGUUGGUAUGCAAAUUAUAUUCUUCACAAUUGCGGCGACCUUCCAGCUGGACAAACUAACAGAUUUUGCCGGCGGCACGAACUUUAUCAUCCUCGCCCUUCUCACUUUCUUUCUCGGCCAAGUAGGCAAGCCUUAUGACAGUAGACAACUUAUGGUCACUAUAUUUGUUUGCUUGUGGGGUGUUCGUCUUUCUGGAUAUCUAUUAUAUCGGAUUAUUAAAAUUGGUCGCGAUAAAAGAUUUGAAGAUCGUCGCAGUAAUGUGAUUCGUUUUGCUGUAUUUUGGACAUUUCAGGCUGUAUGGGUCUAUGUUGUGAGUUUACCAGUAAUUAUCAUUAAUUCACCACGACACAAAAUACCACCAGCUCCUAAAACGAUGACAACAUUGGAUAGCACUGGUACGGGACUUUUCGUGACUGGUUUAUUAGCUGAAACUUAUGCCGAUUUGCAGAAAUUUUCUUUCAAACAAGAUCCAGUGAAUAAUGGCAAAUGGUGUAAUGACGGAUUAUGGAGAUUAUCCAGACACCCAAAUUAUUUUGGAGAAAUAGUAGUAUGGUGGGGUAUCUUUGUAAUAUCUUUGAAUGUAAUUGAAGGCAUUGAAUGGAUUGCUAUAGCUUCCCCAAUAUUCACUACUUUCAUCAUUCUAUUCUUAUCUGGAAUGCCUCUAUUGGAAAGAGCUUCCGAUGAGAGAUAUCGCGAUAAUGCCGAAUAUCGCUAUUACAAACUAUCUACAUCGCCAUUAAUACCAAUACCACCAUCCAUAUAUGUUGAAGUGCCUCAUUUCCUAAAAUUUCUUUUCUGUUGCGAAUUUCCACUUUAUGAUUCGUUAGAUGUAAAACCACGAUCAGCUGUCACUGAAUCAACAUCAAUAAGUCUUGCUGCGUCUACGUAGCUAUAGUCACACGCCGGACAACCGAAUUCGAAGUCCGGCGUGCAGUCAUCUAUGACUAGCACAGCCUUUUGAGGCUGUUAUGAUUCUUUGCAUUUUAUUGUUCGCAUCGUCUUUCAUUAUUCCACUCGGUUAAGAAUAAUAACUUAACUAGAGGUUAUGCAAAUAAAAUUCUACGUAAUUAGAAAUUGAAAUAAAUUGAAAAAGCAUAUAUUAUGUCAUUUAAACGUUAAUAUGUUGUGAUUGCAUUUUUUACAUUUUUUAAAUUGAAAAUGUUGAUGUUCUUUGUGAUUUGAGUUCAGAAAAUAUAUAAAAUGCUGUUAUACAAAAAAAGUAAAAAAUAUGUAAAAUAAUGAUUAUGAAAAUAGAUGCGUAUUACUAUAUUUUGCUAAUCUAUUAAAUGAAUUGAAAAAAUUUAUAUUUUUUAAAUUUAAUUAAAAAACUAUACUUAUUUGGUACUUUUUAAAGUUUAGGAAUUUAAAAAUCUUAAAGAUAAUGUUAAAAAAUAUUAAUAAAUAUAAAAAAAUUAAACUGAAGUUAAAAUCGUAAUUAUACUACCUCGAAUAUGAUGCAAUUCGAUUUAAAAUCGAAUUCAUCAUAAUAUCUAGAUUAAAAAACGUUUAAACUUUAAAAAAAUAAUUAUAUAUACAUAUAUAAAAAAAUAUAAAAAUAAAUGUGCAAUAUUAUUAUAGAGUUUCGAAGCUAUAUAGUUUCUGCUAAACAUUCUUCUAUUUCAUAGAAUUUAUUGUAUAUAUUUAUUUCCAAUUUUGUAAAUAUUCAUUUGUUUAAUAUUAUUCUCUUAUAGAAAAUAAAUUGGAAAAAAAUUAUUAGAACACAAUUAUAUUUUAAUGACAGAGUUGUGAAAACAAUAUUUUUGGACCACUAGGGACCAUAUAUAUAUAUAUAACAAUAUUAGUUGCUUAUAUAUAUUUUUACAUAUCUAAAAAUCAAACGUUUGGAUAGUAAUUUAGCAAGCUAAAUGGAAGAAAAAUAUUAAAAAUAUCACUAAAAUAAAAAGAAUAAAAAUGAAAUUUAUUUUAAUUUUAUAAUUGAUUAUUACUACUUUAAAAUCCGUUUUUAAUCGAUGCAAAUUAAACAUUACUUAAAAAAAAAUCAAUUAGAAAAAGUUUUAGUAAAAGUUAACUAUAUAUAGAAAAUAAAAAUUAAUGUUUAAUCAUAGACAAAUCCAAAAAAUUCCAAAAAUAAAAAGCUAUCUGUUUAAAUAAUAUUAAUAAUUGUAAGUAAAUUAAAUCGUAGCAUUAAAUUAUAGCAAUAUUAUACAUAUCCUGUGCCGAGUAGUAAAUCGAAAAAUAAAGCUAUAAUUAAUAAAAAGUAUUAUUUAGCUGUAUUCUUUUAAAAGCAAUCAUAAUAAAAAUUAAUAUUCUCGAACCAAUAUUAUAAAAAUAGAUAUUAUGAUUCAUUAUAAUUUAAAUAUAUAUUUCGAUACAAAUAUUAAAAGAAUACAACUACAAACACAUUACGCCAAAUUAGAAGUAUUAUCUUGUAAACGAUCGUUUCAAUCGUUGUUAUGUAAAUCUUUAAAUUUUAGAUAAUAAAUAAUAGUUGAUCCAAUCAUGCUUUCUAUUCAAACACUUCACUUUUCAUUUUAUUUUAUGGCACUUUAAAAUAAAGCAACAUUAAAUAAACUAUUGAUCAUUUUAUAUAUUUUUUUUAUUAUGUAUUAUUAAAUCUCUAACUCGACAUCGACACUUUAUUCUUAUUCAAUAUUUAUAAUAUAUAAUGCACAUAUUGUCCUACUCAUUUCUACUUAUUUUUCAAUAUUUCAAUAUUUUAUAUAUCAAUAUAAAACUUAUAUCAAAUGUAUGAAAAAAAUUACUGAUCGUACAACUUAUACACGACGUAUGUACACAUUUUUUUUUUAUAGUUAUAACAUAAUUAAAAAGGAGCACUUUUUAUAGUUAUAACAUAAUUAAAAAUGAAAAUAUUCGAACGAUUCUAACACAUUCUUUGCCGCAAUUAAAGAAAUAAAAUUUUCUUAAUAAAACUAAAUUAAUCGUAUCACCUAACCUAAUUUGCAUGCAGUGUGUAUGUGCUAUUUAUAUAUAAAUGCACAAUAAGAUAGUCGCAAAUACAAACAAUAUAAAAUAAAACAGAAAUUUUUUUUUUCUUUUGUUGCUAUUUAUGUAAAAAAUAUUCAUCGUAUCGGGUCAAUUAAUAAAGAUCGAUGAAAAUUUCGUAAAGAUCACAUUAUAUUUAUAAACACAUUUUAUUUAUUCGUAUGUAUAUCGUUAAUAAAUGGUGAUAUAAUAAUGACAAUGAAAUGUAUAGCGCCGAGCAUAAAACGAGCAGUCAUAUUAUAAUUAUUAUUAAUAUUCUCCUUAUUAUAAUCUUACUGUACUGGAUGUGUGCCUACCUACUGUGCUUGCAACGUUUAUGGUCUUGUCCAAGUAUUUUUCUUAUUACUUCUUUUUUUUCAUUUCUUUCCUUUCGUCAUUACUAAUCUUUAUUUAUUUACUAUUUAUUCAUAAUAAUCCAUAAUAAUUAAUAAUAAUAAUAAUGUAACCACGGAUGUAAACGUAUGCGUUGUUUCUAAUAAGGUAUAAACAGUUUCCACACACUAAUUGUUUACUUACUUGUUUUUUUCUUUUGUUCUUUAUGUAAUCGUAAUCGUCGUUUAAUUAUAGUAAGCUACUUAAAUAUUAAUUAUAUUAAUCUCGUGUCUUCGUGGAAUUAUUUUCUGGCCAACGCUUUAAUAAAAGCCGGCCUCGUACAAAAAACAUUCAAUUCCCGUUCGAUAUAACAUUAUACAUCAAAAUGUCUGUACGUGUAUAUAUAUGUGUAUGCGUGUGCGUGUGGUGUAUUCGCGCGCGCGCACGCUUGGUGUGUUAUGUUUUUUCUUUCAUUUCGAUGCGUGAAAGACACUUUUUUGUAUUUUCUUUUUUUUUUUUUUUUUUUCUUUUUUUUUUACUUCGUUAUGUAAAAUUUUUUCUCACACAUCCGAAGAAAAAAGUCAUCUAAUAAAGUUGAACUAACACACGGGGGGCAGCACAGCGUUUCGUUCGUUUUUCUUUUUCUUUUUUAUUUUUAUUUCAUAUUUGAAUAUCGAAAGGAAACCCAGACAGAAGAGAUCGAUCGAUGUUUGCCUGUGCCUCUUUUCUAGCUUAUUUUUAUUCAUAUUUUUUUUUUUUUUUUUUUAUUUUGAUGAAAGAAAAAGAAGAAACAAAGCGUCCGAAUAACUUCAGAACGCGGUGACAAUGCCAUUUCCGCUUCCAGCGGCACAAUCACUUGUGAUUGUAUCCGCAUGUAUGUAAUACAAAUAUCUCUAAUAAUAUACAAAUCAUCGUAAAUAUCAUCAUUUACCGCCGAUCCGUAAUCGCAAAUGAUACUUCGUUCGUCGGAGGGACAUUGUCAAUGAAUCGUAAAAAAAUUACAUAACUUGACGCACGCGCGUUAGAAAAUUAGUAAUCUAUUUGAGAGAAAUCAUAUAAAAAAAAAUAUAUAUAUAUAUAACGAGUCGAAAAUUUAAGUCAAAAUUAAAAACAGUCACACCACAAAAACAGUCUCUUUCUAAUGCAUUUGAAGAUUUAACAUCCAAUCUUCUUCUGGUCAUCGUUGUAUAAAAAACGAUUUUUGCAGAAAUCACUCGAGUAUUCAAAUGCAUUAGAAAGCAAUCUAUGACAUCAUACUCUGAAAAGUGAUUUGAAUGGACUUUGAAUUAUAUAAAAAAAAAAUAAUAAAAGAAUGAUAAAAAAGAAAAAUCUCGUAAAAAUACCGUACAGUGAUUGUAAAAGUGCGACAUAUACACAUAUAACUAAAAAAGCAAACGAUCAAACGAAGAUCACAAUGUGAUAUACGGUACGUUGCUGAAACGCUAGGUACGUAACUCAUUUUGCACAGUAAGAGCCAAUGCUGUAUGAAGCGACCGCAAGACGCCUUCUCCCUGAAUCAGUAUCAGGGGCGCUAUCUAACGUCGUAUAUCGCAACCAUAAAUGAUUUCGCCUCUUCACAUUAAAUUGCAUCGUAUAAAUCAUAUCAUGGUUUACGUCUAUUUGCACAACGGUACGAUACAUUCAUUUUGGCCACUAUUCAUCGAAGAAGAUCUUUCACAAACCUGAAUGUGUCAGGCUAUUGCAUUUGAUAUAUUGCAAACCUACGAUAUUCUAAUGACUUAUAAGAUAGCCCCAUUCUGUUAAUCAUUCCUUAUAAUUUUUCUCGUAUUAUUUUUCGUAGGGGGAGGGGAAAA